AUCCUCCACUGUUGUAUAUAACUCUUCACAAUGUCGCUCUCCAACAAGCUUUCCAUCUCCGAUGUCGACCUCAAGGGCAAGCGUGUCUUGAUCCGCGUUGACUUCAACGUCCCUCUCGACGCCGACAAGAACAUCACCAACAACCAGCGCAUUGCCGGUGCCAUUCCCACCAUCAAGUACGCCGUCGACAAUGGCGCCAAGGCUGUUAUCCUCAUGUCCCACUUGGGCCGUCCCGACGGCAAGGUCAACGCCAAGUACUCCCUGAAGCCCGUUGUCGCUGAGCUCGAGAAGCUCGUCGGCAAGAAGGUCACCUUCACCAACGACUGUGUCGGCCCCGAGGUCGAGAAGACCGUCAACGGCACCUCCGACGGUGGCAUCAUUCUCCUCGAGAACCUGCGUUUCCACGCCGAGGAGGAGGGCAGCAGCAAGGAUGCCGAGGGCAAGAAGGUCAAGGCUGACAAGGCCAAGGUUGAGGAGUUCCGCAAGGGCCUCACCGCUCUUGGUGAUGUCUACAUCAACGACGCUUUCGGUACCGCUCACCGCGCCCACAGCUCCAUGGUCGGUGUCGACCUCCCCCAGAAGGCUUCCGGUUUCCUCGUCAAGAAGGAGCUCGACUACUUCGCUCAGGCUCUUGAGAAGCCCCAGCGCCCCUUCCUUGCCAUCCUCGGUGGUGCCAAGGUCUCGGACAAGAUCCAGCUCAUUGACAACCUCCUCGGCAAGGUCGACAGCCUCAUCGUUUGCGGUGGUAUGGCCUUUACCUUCAAGAAGACUCUUGAGAACAUGAAGAUCGGUAACUCGCUCUUCGACGAGGCUGGCAGCAAGACCGUCAAGGACCUUGUCGAGAAGGCCAAGAAGAACAACGUCAAGAUUGUCCUCCCCGUUGACUUCAUCACCGCCGACAAGUUCGACAAGGACGCCAACACUGGCAAGGCCACCGACAAGGAGGGUAUCCCCGACGGCUGGCAGGGUCUCGACUGUGGUGAGGAGUCGAUCAAGCUCUUCAAGGAGGCCAUUGACGAGGCCAAGACCAUUCUGUGGAACGGCCCCGCCGGUGUCUUCGAGUUUGAGAAGUUCGCCCACGGCACCAAGGCCACCCUUGACAACGCCGUUGCCGCUGCUCAGAACGGCAAGGUCGUCAUCAUCGGUGGUGGUGACACUGCCACUGUUGCCGCCAAGUACGGUGUUGAGGACAAGCUCAGCCACGUCUCGACCGGUGGUGGUGCUUCGCUGGAGCUCCUCGAGGGUAAGGAGCUCCCCGGUGUUACUGCUCUCUCGAGUAAGUAA